CUGCAACCGAUUCUUAGCGCUCUGCCUAGCGAAGAUAUUGCGAUGGACGCAUCUGCUGUCCACGAAGGGAGAGAGGAGCAGACCUUGCUAAUGCGAGCGAACGAAGACGUGAGCAGCCAUAAGAGUACCCGCAAGCUGCUGAGGCAGCUGGGAUUGUCAUUCUUUCUGUUCGGGAUUAUCAACAAUGUUCUGUACGUCAUUAUCCUAUCAGCCGCGCUCGAUCUCGUACCUCCAUCCACGCCCAAGGGCAUCAUCGCCUUCUGCAACAUAUUUCCCUCCAUCAUCGCCAAGCUCGGUUGGCCAUACCUACUCAAAGGCCGGAUACGCUAUGCACGGCGCCUCAUCGCGUGCUGUAUGCUCAGUAUGAGCGGGAUGCUGGUGGUCGCGAUGUUCGAUAGCUUGUAUAUGCGGCUCCUUGGUAUUUGCUUUGCUUCGUUUUCUUCAGGCUUAGGAGAACUCACCUUCCUCCAGCUCUCGACAAGGUAUCACCCGUCCUCGGCCGCAAGCCACAGUAUCGGGUACUUCGCAUCGGGCACAGGCGCUGCGGGCCUCGUUGGCGCGUUAUUCUGGUGGGAGCUGCGCAGCCUCGGCGUACGAAUCGGUGUCGGGGUCUCUUCUGUCCUCCCACUAACCAUCCCACUUACGUACUUUCUACUCCUCCCGCGCCCUUCUUCCUUCACGACUACAUCAGCCCAGGUGCCCUACGCGCCGAUUCCGACCGAGGAAGCGUUGAUGGACGAGGGCGCGCAGGAGGAGUAUGUGGAGACUGCGGAGGAGGUGGAAGCUUUCAAAUACAUCGUGGCGCUCUCGGCGAAAGACAAAUGGCGGCUUGUGAGGCCGCUAGUGGGGAGAUAUAUGGUGCCUCUGUUCUGCGUGUACUUGUUUGAAUAUACGAUCAACCAGGGCAUUGCGCCGACACUUGUGUACCCCGUCCCGUCGCCCACCUCACAUUGGCUCCUCAGCAAGAUCAUCCACUCCAUCCGCGAUUAUUAUCCUCUCUGGCAGCUUGUCUAUCAAAGCACCGUCUUCCUCUCGCGUUCUAGCAUUUCCUUCGGGAUCCCUCCGCUCCCCUCCCGUCUCCUUCCCCUCCCAUCUAUCGUCCAGGCGCUCAUCCUCGUAACGCUCGCACUCGAGUCUUCGCGGGGUGUAUUCGGCGGUGGCUUCGCGCGCGAGGGGGACACGGAGGGCCGGAGCGUCGCGCUCAUCUUUGCCCUAGUCUGCGUCGAGGGUGUUUGCGGUGGGCUCGCCUAUGUGAACGUGUAUCACCACGUGAACCGGGAGACGCCCCCAGCGGAUGCGGUGGGCGACCCCGAGCGCGAGAAGCAGGAGCGCGAGUUUAAAAUCGGGUCGAUCGGCCUGGCGGACUCGGUGGGAAUAUUGUGUGCGGCGUUGGUGGCAGUGCCGACAGAGCUGGAGCUGUGCAGGGUGCAGGUGGCGAGGGGGAAGGUAUUUUGCGAGAGUUUGUAGCGUGGCCAAUUCUAUCUUUCCAGAUGAGGAGUGAGUGUACUCAGGGGGGCCGCUAUGAUGAUGGGAGGCAUCUGCGAUUGCGUCGAUGAUGCCGUUGACGGAUCCUUCCUUCAAUCGCAUACACAACCACCCUAUGCACCUUUUCCCAGUGGCGCCCAUGUAGUGUCAUGGUUGAACAUGGUCGGUGACGUGUUUAUAAGAG